AUGUUACCCAGUUUCAGUUCCCAUCCCUGCAGCGUUUUAGUUCAACUGGAACUGGUUCCUGUCACCUCUCCAACCCUCGUCCCCAGCUCCUUGAACACUCCUUGCACUGUACCUGUCAGCUCCCCAUGCACUCAAGACAACGUUUUGUCUCCCUCCUUGCAGCUUGGCAGACCAUGGCAUGCAGACUUCCAGGUCAACUGGGAUAGGAUGCCAGCAACAAUUCAAAAGGCAGUAGCAAAUAAAACAAGACCAUCACCAGGCAAUAGAAAAGAUAUGGUGAAGGCAGUGGUUGAUCAGAUCGUGGAACAUGAACCUAACCCAACCAGAGCAAUUUGUCACAAUAUUGUUCGAAGCAUUGUAAGGAGCCAUCCGGAAUGUUUUGCUGAUGUUGCAAAAAAUGGAGACAUCCUUGGAGAUGGUUGUUAUUCUCUUCUGCAGCAAAUAAAAACUAGGGUGGAAUAUAAAAACAGGAACAAUACUCUUGUGAGACGACGCAGAGAGAGAAGGCCACAAAGUGAGGUACCAGAUGCAGGCAGAGGUAUGACAAGAGGCCCUGUAGAUCAGUAUGGCUGUGUAAGAUGGAGUCCUGUAGAAUUACCUCCUGGCGAAACUGAGGCAUCAUUAGAUGGCAUCAAAAGUGAUCUCCUUAACAUCUACUCAGAGGAAGGCAUGAGUGGUGCAGAGAGAGCUGAACCUCUGAUGGAGAAGACAUAUGUCAUCCAGCGACGCUGUCUUAAUAGUGUGCCUGCACCAGCCAUUGCAGUGGUUAAGGAGGAAUACACAUGCGUACCGAACCGAAAGACCCGUAUUAUUUCACACUUCACUCUGUUGACCGAUGUCUCCAUCCUCAUGAAGUUUCGAGAGGCCCUGGAUAACAAAGGCAACACCAUUCUGAAGUUUUGCCAAGAAGUCAACUCUCAUCAAGGGGUGAAAGAUGUUUUGGCUUGUUUUGAACCCGAGGCUGCCUGCAUUCUUCUUCUUAUAAUGGCGUACUUCAAAGAGCCCAAAGAUGCCAUUGUGCUUGAUGUUGAU